AUGAUAUGAAUAUUCAUGAUGCGAUUUCCUUUUUCGUGAUUUUUCUUCACAAAUUUUUGUCCAUUUCCUCUUCAUAAUGACAUUUCUUGAAGCAAUUUUCUAGGGAUAUGGUCUGAUUGUAAUAUUCUUCAUUUUCUAUAUAACUUCGUCUUCGUAGAAAUAUCAAAAAGUGUAAUUUUAUACGAUUUUUCCUACAGUUCACAAUCCCCAUAGGCGCGCGUGUACGGUAGGGACAACCGGUGAAUCGACGGAGUGCUCUUCAUCGAAAUACUACGUUGGUUGGUCCCCGGAAGUGGCGGGCGGAAUUUAGCCCGAAUCCUCGAUGGAAGUCGAUCAAGUGCAUAUGAGCUGAGAGAGUGAAAUAUCAGUGCACUGAUGCAAGAUGUCACUGAAGAAAAAUCCCUCUUUCCAGGAGGAGCUUUCAUCCAAACUGAAAGAAAGAAAGAGACGAGGACUUAGUACAGGUUUCACUUCAGAAUCUGAAGACAGUGACGAUGAUGAUGCGCUUGGAGGUCUCAGUGAUGAUGACAUCCUGUCUCAGUUCACCUCCAAGAACUCAAAGAAGCCACAACCAUCUCAGUCCAAACCGUGGGAGCCACCUUCCACUAAACAGAGGCCGUCACCUUCACCAUCACCUCGCUCUCUGACUAAAUCGUCCAGCGAUGCCUUCCCAAAAGCUCCUCCAAGAAACAGAGGUCUAUCUGGAAGUGAGAGUCCAAAGUCCAGGAAGUCAGCAGGUUCACCAGAUCCUAUCAGGGCUCUCCUUGGAGAUGACAAUGGCACAAAGAAGAAGCCUCCUCCCAAGCCGAGUCCAAGACUACUUUCAGGGACCACAGACUCGUCUCCACGAUCAGAGGAUGACUCCCCUAGACCUCAACCAAGGCCAAGGAAUAAAGGACCAUCAGAGAUUGACAAAUUGCUCGGCAUUGCUUCAUCCCCAGAGCCAGAGAAAAGAAAGAAAUCCUUGUUUGAUGAGUAUGAUGAGAGCCAGGGACCUAAGGGUGGUUCUGGUAAGCAGCCACCUAAACCUAAGGACAGAUCAAAAUCUCCGCUGAUGGACAUGUCAGGGCAAAGAGGAAAGUCUUCUAAGACUAGAAGUGGAUCUCCCGAAAGGAAAUCGCCCAACCUUGAUGACUUGUUAGGCAUGAAGAACAAAAGCAAACAAGAGAGGACUUCACCAGAGCUGAAGCCGAAAUCCAAGAGUAGGAGCGGCUCCCCAGAGAGACAAGCUAGUAAGGCAAUUAAUGAUCGGCGGAAAAAGGAUAAUAAAUCUCCCGAUCUUGAUGAUUUGUUGGGUCUUACAGACAAGAAGAAAUCAGAAAGGGUUUCAAGUAAUUUGAAGCCCAAGAUCAGGAGUGGAUCACCUGAUAGAAGGGGUGGGGGAGCAAAUGAUGAUCAACGGAAAAGAGACAAGUCUCCAGAUUUAGAUGACCUUCUGGGAUUAAGGAGCAAGAAGAAUCGAAGUCCAUCACCAGAAAGGAAUCGUGGUAAGGAGCCUAGAUCAGAGAUAGAUGAUCUUCUAAGUGGUCCGUCCUCCAGAUCAAAACCCAGGAAACAGAAAGGACUAUUGGACUCCUCGUCGGAUGAAGAUGAUGAAGUGUCCAAAGUGAACAACAGGUUAGGUUCCAUGAACCUGAAGCAGAAAGGAGGGUCAAAAUCAGCUUCUCCUAAACCGAAAAGCCUUCUGGACACCCUUGCAGAUUCUGAAGAAGAGGAUGUUAGCUCCAAACGUGGUAGAAGUAGAAGGUCACCGUCUCCUCAAGGCUUUCCACCAAAGCCAAAACCUAGAGUGCCGCAGGACAGAAAAGACACAAAAGUCAACGGAGAGACACCUCAAAAGUCAGACGACUCCAGAGUUAACUCUCGUAAGAACCGAAUACCGGGUCUGAAUUCGGAUUCUGAUGAUGACAAUAGUCGGGUCUGGUCCAACAAGAAAGGCAAGCAGAAGCAAUCACUUCUGGAUGUUUUAGAUGAUGAACCUGUAAGAAAGAAAGAUAAAAAGAAAGCUAGAGGAUUGCUUGAUGAUAGUGAUGAUGAUAGCGACAUGGAAGAUCAUCCUCCAAAGAUGACAAAUAGGCGACCUAAGGAGGGUUAUCAAAGUGAUGGAGAAUCAGAAAAAGAAAAGAAGAAAAAACCAAAAGUUCACAAACCAACUCCUACCAGGCCCAAGUCAGCUGCAGUGGGCUCUCUCAACUCAAGCUUCAACUCCGGUGAGAUAAUGGCUACACUUGGCUCAGCGGGAGGGGUGCAGGAUUCCUCUGCUAUCAGACAGGCCAUCUAUGAACAAUGGCGGGCAGAGAAAACAGAGAGACUGAAGAAGCAGAAGAAGGAAGCAAAGAAGAGGGAGGAGGAAGAGAAGGAGAAGAAAGUCAAGGAAGCCGAAGAGAAGAAGUUUGAAAACAUGGCUUCUUUCAAGGCUUGGCAGGAUUCCAAGAAAUCCGUGUUGUCAGACCAACGCAAGAAAGAGCUCAAGAAACAAGAGGGAGAACGGCGCAAGAAGGAAGAAGAAGAAUCCAAGAAGUAUGACGCGAAUAAGGCCUUUGAGAUGUGGAAGGCUGAUAAAGAUGAGGUUCUCAUCGACAAACAUCGGAAGGAAAAGAAAAAGCAGAAGAACCUGGAAGAAACCAAAAUCUAUGAGAAGGAGAACAAAGAAAAAGAUGCCAAUAGCGCUUACAAGAAAUGGAAAUCCGUCAAGGACGACAAGCUGCACGAUGCCGAGAAGAAGAAAAGACGAGAUGAGCAGCUGAAGCGGGAGAUGGAGGAACGGGAGAGGAGAGAGAAGGAGAAAGAUAGCCACAUUGCCUAUGAUGAAUGGGAGGAGAAACUCCAGAGAAGGAAAGAGAGAGAAAGGAGGAGACUACAAAACACUCAGCCUAUCUCAACAACUCCAUUUAGACCUAGUGGGAAGACUAUCCCUUUCAGAAGAUGAAAUAAGUAUUUAGUUGCUUGUAAAAAAAAGAUAUAUCAGAAAGAACUCAAUGUAUUUUUAUGCCUCUGCUCGAAGGCAUAAUGUUUUUGGAUAGCCUGUUACCCCAUUUCAUUCUCACGUUAGAAACUAAAGAACUCUUUAGCGAAUCUGCUUGGCCCAAGUAUGCAUUUAGGAGUGUUGAUGAGCUGCUACGUUUUGCGGGUAUCAAGGUCAAAGUUUAAUGAGGUCAUGAUAUGCCUAAAAUUAGAAUGUUCUCGCGAUAACUAGAAAACCAUUAUAGGGUUCAACUUCAACCUUGGUUAUGGUUGCUUUUAACAAUGAUCUGAAUAGACUUUGCAGUCACAAGGUCAAAGGUCACAGAUGUCAUAUACCUGAAAAGAUAGGUCAAUACUUUUAUCGUUUCUGUUGCAGGGACAAGAAGUGUCAGAUAGGUGUAGUGAGAUAAAGUCAGGAAGGUUAUUAUCAGUCGGAGCUCAAUAUAUAUAGAUGAAGAAAUGAUGAACCAGGCUGUGGAAUAUCUAAAAAUAAGUUUCAGUUUUUAGUCUUAAUUUCCAUCAUUUAUGUAGGGAGAUUGUUCGAUAAGAAAGAAAGAUAAGAAACAGGUGAUAUUUGAAAUAGAUUGAAUAGUGAAGACGAUAGACAGAACCAUUGUUUUAGGAACAGAAAACUUAGAUUUGGAAGAGAUGUAGACAGAUACAGGGUGGUACAUAACUUUUUAGAAGCACUUGCCCGGUCAGGCAAGUAACUUUUUAGAUAGGUGGAAUAUACUUCCCCAAAAAAUCUAUUUCACUUGCCCGAAAAAUCCUUGAAAAAAAAGUUUAACCUUGUCAAUAGAAUAUAAACUAUUGACCCUUUUCUCUCUUUUGACAUGAAUUGAUCUAUCUUGUUAUUUCAUUUCUUUUUCCAGAGUGAUUUUAUCUUGCCUGCCAUGACCAAAAUUAGGGUCAACAUCAUAUCAACCCUAAUUUUGGUCAUUCUACUAUGAGAAUUUGGCUUACCCUAUUUGGGCAAGUAGUUUUGGUCUUUACUUCAAAACACUUGCCUGACUCUAACUUUUACUUGCCCUGGGCAAUCGGGUGAGUGCUUAUGUAGCACCCUGCGAUAUUAAGAUUAAGAUAGGUAGGUCAAUUUUAACCUUUUCUGUGUAUAGAUUUGUAACCGUCCUUGAGCAAUAUGUACUUAUUCAGGAUAAUUAUUGUUGGAUUUAUGUGGAACUAUAUAUGUGUACUGAAUGUGAAUUGCCACUUACUACCUGACCUGUGCUCUGUGAGAUCAAUUUAUGUAGUGCAAUACUCUGUACAAAAUUACUUUCUCUGUAGUAUUCAGAUUUUCUAAUGUUUUCAAGGUGUAAAUAGAUUUAUCCUAUUUAAUUGUGUAUUUAAUUGAGAGUGAAAUUGGUAUAGGCCAGUUGGUUCCAGUGUAUUCAUGAGUUGUCAUGCUUACAAGAUUUAAAUGCUUUGUGUAGUGGAGAACAGACUUCAUUUGUCACCCUGAAAACUUUCCCCUCUUAUUCAAAUAGAUUCAUUUUGAACCCGUUGUUUUUCAGUGAGCUGACCUUGGGUCUUUUCAUAUUUCUGUGAGGUGUUUACAGACAAUUUUAGUAUAGAUUUGUAAGUUCCAAAUUUAUUGAAAUUUGUUUAAAUUACUUUGAUUUCAUGUUGUCCAGGUACACAUAAAGCAGUUCAAACAUUCACAUAUCAUAUGUAUACAAUUCAGCUUUGAAAGCUGUAUGGCCAGGUUCCAUGACAUUUGCUCCGGCGCCAAAUGCUCUGAUGGAAAAUCUGCGUGUUAAGUCAAACCUAAAAUCCAACCUCCAAACUGGAUAAACCCUAAUCAUUAUCUUUAUUUUUUAUUAUCCUGAACCAAAAAUUUUAUUACAACCCUGAAACUAACACUAUAUGUAUGCCCUUGAUAUUAAGACUGCAGCAAAUGUCGCUGGAGCAUAUGUCAUGUGACCGUAUAGCCCAUUCAGAUUUGAACAGAAAUAGUCAUACAUGAUUGUCUGUAGAUUGAUGAAAGCACUCUUCAUCUUUCAUAUUGCAGGGGUGUGAGAGUUCAGAUUUCUAGCCGAUUUCAGAUUGAUUUUGUUUUGAUUUUCAGCUUAUUUGGCUUUUUCCUCUACAAAAAAGUAUGGGAGCUCUUUUUAUUUCAGACUUUUUCAACAUAUCAGCUUUUGUCAAAUCUCUUUAUUUGUGACCACUUACGCCCCUGAUAUCGUCUCCAUUUUCACCAACCCUAAAAAGGAUUUAAAAGGAACGUGUCAUAUAUAGCUUAAUGGCUGAUUGAUCAUACAUAAUUACGAAAUGAAUGCAAUCAAUCGUAGAAGUCGCCCUUCCUAUCAAUAAACGCUUUAUAGUUACAGGUUAAGCUUCAUGGCCAAUGGCCAAGGUGGCCAUAAAGCUGUUUGUAGGUUACUUCAGAAGACUGAUGGUCCUUUCUUGUGGAAAAUGAUACACAUCAUAUUUCCAUUGGUGUUGAUAUAGUUCUGAAGAAGGGUCACCAGUCGUAAAGUCGCUUGUAACUUAUGAGCAGCUUUAUGAAACACCCCCCCCCCCCAGGUUAAGGUUUAUGGCCCAGGUUUAGCUUAGGUUUUGUUGCUAUUUUGGAGGGCUUAAUGUUUGUGCUAAAUCUUUGUGAUGGGAAUUAUUUUUUUUAUAUCAUUGACAUAGUACAAUAUCUAACUGCUAGAGGCUGAAAUUUUGAGAUGAUAGACAUUUGACAGUGUAGUGCAAACAUUUUUUUUCAUUGUUUUUUACCUCUUGGGAUGCCUGUGAGAACAGUGAUGAUAUCAAGAAUACAAGACAUAAACACUUGACAUUUAUUAAGAAUGGUGGAAUUCAUAUGAAAUUUAUAUUUAUUUACAGAAUAUAUAAAUUCUUUUGUACAUUGUGAAAACACAGACAUAUCACUCUUUUUUUUUUAACUAAAUAAUCUACAUUGGAAUAUUCAUGAUAUAGUCAUUAAUCUUAUUGCGAAGCAUGUAUCUCAAAACAAAAUUCGAUAACCAAUAUUGUGCCAAAUGAAUGGCAGAUAAGAAUUCUUAAGAACAUACAUGAUAUUGCGUUCCUUUCAUUAAUAUAUUGUAUCGGUACUUGAGUAAAAUAAAGUUAUCUAUUUGCUACAUGUAUUAGCUAUAAAUGAAUUUGUCUAUUAUAUAAACUAUGAAGGAGAUAUCACCUUUUCCAAUUUUAUUGUCUGAAAUGGGACAGAUUAUCAAGUCUGCAUAAAGUCAUAAAAUAAAAUUUGAAUUCCCUGUCAUAUUGUUCUGUGCAAGCCUUGUGGCCGGGUUGUGGGCAAUCACCCGCAACAAAAUUCAAAACUUUUCUACGUGCAAAUCAGACUUGCGUGCACUUCUGCAGGUAACUGUGUGAGAAACGUGCGAAACUGUCAAUGCCGGCGACCUGUGGGUAGCAAUAACGGUCACAUGCAAGGCUUGCAUGGAACGAUAUGACAGAGCCUUAAAAGAAUUAAAAGAAUUUUCAGACUAAAUGCAAAACAUGCAUUAUUUACCAGUUUUAAGUUGAUAUUUAGGUUUGCCUGAGUAAGCCUGACUCUCCCUUUUUACUGUAAUCCAAACUCUCACUUUGAAUGUAUACAAUCCUGUAUGAUUUGAACAAAUUGCUAAUAGUCUGGUACUCAAUAAAUCUUAAUGAAUUAAUUAAUGAAUUAAU